CGAAGCUAAAUAUAAUGUCAAAUUAGUUCAUAUUAUUGGGGGAAAAUGAAUCUUAAAUUUUGUAUCAUUUUCUCAUUCCUUCUUCGCAACGUAAUCGCCAGAGGUGGAGAUCGAGGCAAUCCUUUAUCUUCAGCUUCAGAUUUAGGGUCUCCAAAUCAUGGUUCCGUCGGUUCUGCAAGGCAGUUGUUCGAGGACAACCAAUCUCGCCACUCGAGAACUGAUAUUGCUCGUGGCUACAUGACUAAUUCUGAAUUAGAGAAGGCGAUGAAGGAAUUUGGACGAAGAUGUAGUCACAUUUCUAGAAUAUACAGUAUUGGAAAGAGUGUGCAAGGUUUCCCCCUGUUGGUGAUAGAGAUCUCUGACAAACCAGGCAAGGAAGAGCCUGAACCUGCGUUCAAGUUUGUUGGUAAUGUGCAUGGUGAUGAACCUGUUGGUCGUGAGCUUCUUAUACUUCUUGCGAAUUGGAUAUGUGACAACUAUAUGAGGGAUCCAUUGGUUGACUUGAUUGUUGACAAGGUUCACCUUCACAUACUUCCAUCAAUGAAUCCUGAUGGAUUUUCUCUUAAGAGACGUGAUAAUGCAAAUAAUAUUGAUUUAAAUCGAGAUUUUCCUGAUCAGUUUUUCCACUGGAACGAUGAUGAGGAUGCACGACAACCUGAAACAAAGGCAAUUAUGAGAUGGUUGAGAGAGAUACAUUUUACAGCAUCUGCAAGUUUGCAUGGGGGUGCACUUGUUGCAAACUAUCCAUGGGACGGCAGUCUGGAUAAAAGGAAGAAUUAUUAUGCAUGUCCUGAUGAUGGAACAUUCCGGUUCUUGGCAAGCAUAUAUAGCAAAUCUCACCAUAACAUGUCUUUGAGCAAGGAAUUUGAGGGAGGAAUUACAAAUGGAGCAGCUUGGUACCCUGUAUAUGGUGGCAUGCAAGACUGGAACUACAUACAUGGUGGCUGUUUUGAGUUGACCUUGGAGAUUAGUGAUAACAAAUGGCCUAAUGCCAAGGAGCUUCCUACCAUUUGGGAGCACAACAAAAUGAGCAUGCUAAAUCUUGUUGCAAGCCUUGUAAAGACAGGAGUUCAUGGAAGGGUCUUUUCUUCAGAUAGGGGAAGGCCAUUGCCUGGGUCGAUCACAAUCAAGGAAAUAAAUUACACGGUUCAAACUGGUAGGGCAUUUUCUGAUUAUCAUCGGUUACUUGUUCCAGGAGAGAGAUAUGAAGUUAUGGCUAAUGUGCCUGGGUACAAAUCAAAGACCACAAGUAUCUGGUUCAAAGAAGAAGCCGUGAAUGUAGACUUUAUUCUUGAUCCAGAAGCCACUUCUGAGGGGACUUUACAACGCAGUAUUUGUGAUUGUGAUUGUAGCGGAAAAAGAAGGUUCCUUUCGAUGGGGUAUUUCUGGGGAAUUCACUCUGAAGUUUAUCUAGUCCUUAUUGUUGUCCUUGCAUUUCUCUGUCUUUUGCUGAGGCGGCGAAUAAAAUUUAACCUUUUAAAACACCGACAGUCGCCUAAAAGGUCAGUACCAGUGUGACCUUUCAUAUAACUUGGAUAAACAACUUGAAUAGAACAUUUUUCUGCUUGAAUUUGCAGAUAGUAUGAUGCUUCUUUGAGUUUA